AGCGAGGAUAGGUCCGUUAGCUAGUAAGGUAUCCGGUGCGCCAAUGCAGCUAACCACUCGCUAGCUAACUUAGCUAGUUUUGUUUAAUGCAAUAAAACAAACCUAGUUAAAAUGGUUGGCUUAAGGGUUUCGUUUCUUGGCAACUUGUAAACUUUGCAACUUAAACAGAUAAUAAUGAGAGAGUUAAGAACAGCGAACAAUUUGUAGUAUAUAAUGCAAUAGCUAGGGUGCGACCAAGCUUGCACAUAUUGUCCGCUUUGCGCAGCCUUUUUAUGGGUUGAUUAGCAUGUAGGCUAACGACAGUGGCUAUACGCACAAGCUUAUAUUAGCCAGUUAACGCUAGCUCGCUUGCACUAGUGGUAUAAUGUAAACACAUUACUAGUAUGGAAUAGUGGUUAACCACUAUUGCAGCCUAACGUAUUUUUGAACGUGCACUAGAUUGUUGGACUGCUUUUGCAACUUUGGGCUCCGCUUGUUACCAGACUAGUAGGAUUGAACUGUGUCUCCUGUCUAUCGGCUUAAGUGUCAUGCCAAUCCGCGGAUUUGGUGUAGUCUGAGGCCCACUGAAUGGAGUUAUUUGGUGACGAGGAGGCUGCCCCCAUUCUGCCGAAGAGGAGCGAGCUGCAGGAUGAGACGCCUGUAGCUCCCCGUAGCAUGGCGGCGUCUCGUUCCUCGCGCGUCACGAGGUCAUCGGUGGGACUCAAUGGACUGGACGAGAACUUCUGUGGCCGAACCCUCCGAAACCGCAGUAUUGCUCAGCCGGAGGAGGGUCAAAGUUCCCCUCUCCCCGGCAGCAGGGCUCCCCGAUCCCCCAAGAAGAGACAGGACGGUCAGCUUGGGGGCCAGGUCCAGCAGGCCUCGGAGAAGCCUGGGGGUCACCCGGGGAAGGCGGCUGAACACAAGGCCUCCUCGACAGAUGGGGAAACGUGGGCGUGUCCCAGGAGCCCCCGGAAAAGAGGCCUGUCCUGCUCGGAUGGGGCUGGCGGGGGCUCGGAGAAGGCUGAGAACUGUGAGGGGAGGGGAAAGACGGGGGCAGGGAGGGAAGCCUCUCCACUCCUCAAAAGGGCCAAGCGGUUUUCACGCUCUGAGGAGUCCCAGGUAUCUGAGGAUGAGCCCCCACCUGCUCCUCCUGAACCCCCCAGCGCCUGUUCGGGCGGCGCCCUCUUAGUGACUACCAAGGAGAUCAGUGAACGGGCUGACCCGCUCAGACAAAACUCCACCGCUGUCUCAUCUUCCUCCUUUUCUCCUCUUUCGCCCAACCUCAACGAGGAGGGAGGAGAGAAGGAUGACGAGGACGUCGUUGACCGUGUUCAGGGCGACGGCCAGGUUGAGCAGACCAUGAACUCUAAUUCCCACAAUCCCACUGCCCAGUCCCUGAACUCCAACUCCCACAAAUCCUCUAACGGACUCGGGCAGGAAGCUGAGACAGACACACUGGUCCUGGAGCCUCCUGCUUCCGCCAACACCCAAUGCCCUGGUCCGGUUACAGCGCUGCUCAACGGCAACCAAACAGCGUCUCCUUGCCCUUCGACCCCUGACCCCAUAGUGCCUUCUAGAAACUUUGACCCUGGGCAAGGGGAGGAGCAGGGGAUGGAACAGGGGGAGGAGCAGGAAUUAGAGUGUCUUGCUCCUCCUCUGGUCCCCUUUGAGGAAGACUCAUCCACCCCCCACCUGUCUGUUAGAGAGGAGGAGGUGGAGGAGGAGGUGCUGGAUGUAGUGGGGGAGGAGGUCUGUCGGGAGGAAGAGGUUACGGCAACAGAAGAGGAGGAGGAGGAGAUCAGUGGUCCUGGGGGUAACGGACAGGACUCCGUGGCCACCAGCAUCAACAACAUCAUCAACAGUGUAAACAGCCUCUCAGGAGAAUCUCCGCCCCCGCUGGCCCCUCCCACCCCAUCUAACCUCGCCUCCGAACCGUUCAGCACCCCCUCUCCCCCCUCCUUCACAGAGCCCUACGAACACAGGUACACCCUGAGGACCUCGCCCCGGAGGGCGACUUGUGGUGGGGGGCUGGCUGGGGCCCCCUCCUCCCCAGAGCCCGGCUCCCCUCCCCGGGAAGUUCCUCUGGACAACGGCCCUCUGAGGGAGGCAGGUAGGGAGGCGCUGGAUUCAGCCUGUCGGAGACUGGAUCUGGACGCUGCGCCGCCUGCUCCUACCCCCUCCUCAGGCUGCGACGGGCCCUCCAGUACCCUGGUCACAGGGCCCCCCCCCCCCUCGGCCACCACGGAACAUGGAAACACUGGGGCCAGUGGGGACAUGGUGGGUGGGAGGGGUCUCGGGGACCUCCCGGACACCGCGGUUAGUAAAGCUGGUAAGGAGGUGCUGGUAGGAGGAAGCCAGUUGGAUGAUGAAGACGAGGAGGAGGAAGAACCAGAUGUGUAUUACUUUGAGUCAGACCACCUGACACUUAAACACAACAAAGAUUACCAGAGGUUGCUGCAGACCAUAGGAGUGUUGGAGGCUCAGAGGAUCCAGGCUAUUCUGGACCUGGAGCAGCUUGCCAGACAGCAGAGAGAAGCUCUCCAAGACCCUAUCACAUUUGUGGAGCAGCUACAGAAACAGGUGGAGUUGGGCCUGCCGCGACCCCAGAGAGUGGUUCAGCUUCCCGGGAUCUCGUGGGACCAGUACACCUCAGGACUGGGUGACUUUGAACGGGAGUUCUGUGACAAGAAACGCAAAACGAGGAGGCUCAAACUCAUAUUUGACAAAGUGGGGUUACCAGCUGGACCCAAAAGCCCUGUGGAACCCAAGAAGGAGGGGGAGUCGUCAACCCUGUAUUCUGCUCUGCCCUCUAGUGACGCUCCAGAGAACAACAGCAGCUCACAGAUGAUCCGUGGAAGGCUGUGUCACCAGAACAAACCUGACACGUUCAACCAGCUCUGGACCGUGGAAGAGCAGAAAAAGCUCGAGCAGCUGUUGCUGAAGUUUCCUCCUGAGGAGGUGGAGUCCAAACGCUGGCAGAAGAUAGCUGAUGCCCUGGGCAACAGGACCGCUAAACAGGUGGCCAGUCGUGUUCAGAAGUACUUCAUAAAACUGACCAAGGCUGGAAUUCCUGUUCCUGGAAGGACUCCAAACAUGUGCAUGUACAGCAAGAAGGUGUCCAAUAAGAAGCAGCACCACCUCAACAAACAUCUGUAUCGUCCCUCCACCUUCCUGACAUCCUAUGAGCCUCCAGUCUACAUGGAGGAGGAUGAGAGAGCGGCCCACUACCAUACCCUGCAGGACCCGAGUGGAGACGACUCGGAUGAGGAGGGUGUACCAUUGGAAUUGAGACACCUGCCAGAGUACAAGGAGCUGCUGGAGCUGAAGAGGAUGAAGAAACACAAGCUACAGGAAAUACAGUCAGAGAGCAGCACGACCAUUCACCAUGGAUACAAGUGUGAUGUUUGUGGCGUGGAGCCCAUCCAGGGGGUGCGUUGGCACUGCCAGGACUGUCCGUCAGACAACGCUGUGGACUUCUGCUCGAACUGCUCCGACUGCCUGUUCCAGACCGAGAGGCACCAUCCCAGCCACCAUCUGGAGCCCGUCUACCACCACACCUUCCUGGACAAGGACUACUGCCUGGCCCAGACCCCGGGGUACAACUACCUGGACCCCAACUAUUACCCCGCUAACAGAUGACAGGGGCCCCGGGACCUCCAGCGCCCCUAGACCCAGUCUCCAGGAUCACAGCUACACACCCCUAGCAUCCGGGGCCACACCUUCAGCUACACCCAGUGGCUCCCAGCUCCAGUCCAGCCCAGUGCACCACCAGGGGCUGCAGGUUCAGCACAACCCAGGGGCCUCUAGGUUUAUGAGCCUAGCAACCAAGUCUCCGCCUGCCUCCGGGUCCAGCCCAGCAUCACCAGGGGCUCCAGUCAUCCAGGAACAGCCCCCGCUGCCUUGGUUUAGCGCAGGCUGGGCCCCCUGAGAGUAGAGCCCCCCUCGGGCUGGUUGCCAUGUGUUCAUUACUCCAUCUGUCAGAUCUCCAGACGGCGACUGGCUACCCACCUCACACCCCCCGCCCAGCCCACCCCACACCCCCAACUCACCCCACAUCCCCCACCCCACACCCCAAGCCUGCCCCACCCCCCCCAGCAGACUGACAGUCAUCAGGGCUCAGAGUGUGGUGGGUGGAGGUGCAGACUAGGGCGGGCUCACUACACACAGAACAUGAUGGUCUUUGCAAUACAAAAAGAGAAACACUAUUUUAAACUGACACACGGAAAACGAGAAACAGCACACCGACAUUCCCCGAACGCCAAAAGACCGGCCAAAGGACCACUCCUUCAUCUCUCCUCUUCCUCUACUCCAUACCUCCAUGUGCCGCUUUCUAGCCUGGGGUGAAGCAGCUCCAGUCCCUAAAGAUGGCGGAAGCUUGAUAGUAUAAACGUUGUGGCAAAGUUGGUGGUGUUCAUCCUCAGAGUGGCGUUCAUUAGGUGACAAGUGAAAAAAACUGACCGAAACAGGAAGGUUUUGUGACGUUUUGCUCUAAUGAAUAUGGCCCUGAGUGCUGAGGGAUGUGUUGAAUGUAGUGGGUUGAAAGAGGUUGAGAAUGCUACUACUUGGACUUCGGUAUAUUAGGAUGAACCAAUCAUCUUCCAGUGGGUGGAGCCUGUUUUUUGGGUGGUACCUGUUGUCUGUAGUUUAGUGUUUAGGAUGAACCAAUCACAUGCCAGUGGAUGGGGCCUGUUGUUAUGGGUGGAGCCUGUCUGUAGUUUAGUAUUUAGAACGAACCAAGCAUCUACCAGUGGGUGGAGCCUGUUGUGGAUUGGGGGAGGAUCUUGGUGCAGAUGAGAGGCCUGUCUUUGAUUUCAGUCAGGUUUUUAAACCAAUCAAGGGAUAGAAUCUUGCUGAUGUAACUGACACUGGGGUGUUGUUGAAUAAAGCCAUGCUAACAGACUCCUGAUAAACCCCAGGCUCACAUCUCUAUGGUAACAGACACCUGAUAAAGCUCCUCACAUCUCCACGGAGAUAACACUGUCAGUCAUCCGGUCACCGCCUCGCUCUCUGUUUUAAAAUCCGUUCAGUUUCCAAACGAGAAGCACUACAGCACAGAGCACAUAAGACAGGAAGACUUGUGAAAUGUAAACGUUUAAAAUGAACGGUUGUAGACAUUGUUGAUAGUUUUUCUUCUGGAUGUGUUUGAUGCUGUUGUGUGACCAUAUAAACAGAAACACACUGAUAGUGAACAGUAGCCCAGUGGUAACACAAGGAAAACCUGAAGUUAGACACCUAGUCUGUGUGACAUUUUUUGUUUGGAGAAUUCCACCUCUGAACCUUUUGGCCUCGAAACUUGACCUAUAGAAACCUUUAAUCCCUAACCUCUGACCUCUAUGAAACUGCCCGAUCGUCGUCAAGCCUCUAGGGUCCGGUUCUAUAAUUUAGCCCAUCUGCUUAAAGGUCCAUUAAAAGAUUAUAUUUUUAUUAAUCUAUUUAAAAACAGAACCAGAGAACAAUCACGGAAGAGGUGAAUAAUUGAUGUUGCCUCAGUGGAACCCUCCACCCACCAAGUUAUUUUAUAAACAUAGGUUUUGUUGUGCUUGAUGAGUAGACCCCAUUUUGUAAGGAUGAUGUUUUGUUGCCCCUCCCCACACUUCCCUGCUUUAAUCUGUGUAUAACAGUAUGUUCUUAAAUAAUGUUUAAGUGCUACAGGAAAUCAAUGGAAAUAAAAGUCUGUGAAAAUAGUAUUUCUA